GAACCCACGGUCAAAGCCCCAGGAAACAUGCGUUUGGGCAAUUGCUAGGCAACACUAAACAACACAAGGCCAUAGCUACCUUCAAAAUGGACGACUUUCAAUCAGAGGAGAAUGCGUUUGCUGUUGAUGAAAUCACAGACAUCAUCAAAGAAGCGGUGGAGACCACAAUCGGCACUAGUUCCUACCAGCACAAUCGAAUAAACCAGUGGACCUCCAGUGUGGUGGAAGCCAGUCUCAAUCAGCUGACCAAACUGGGGAAGCCCUUCAAAUAUAUUGUGACCUGCAUCAUCCUGCAGAAGAAUGGUGCAGGACUGCACACCGCCAGCUCCUGUUUCUGGGACAACACCAUGGACGGAAGCUGCACAGUGAAAUGGGAGAACAAGACCAUGUACUGCAUCGUCAGCAUUUUCGGGCUAGCUGUCUGAGGGGCACCUGCUCCGAGUCUUCCCAACCCUGAUCCUGGAGACAUUCCUGGUUUUCCUUCCUUCUGGAAAAAUUCAACGUUCAUGAUAACCCGUCAAUGGCCGCAAGGUUGGAACUAAAACCAGAAAUGUCUCUAGCACUCCUGCUCCAUCAUACACCUGUACACCAGUCCCUGUGUUUCACCACCAAACCCCUCCCUCAUCAAUACCCCUCCCCCCCAGACACCAUAACAUCUUCGACGUAAUCCCCAGGGAAAAGGCCGACAGUAAGCUUUAAGAUAAGUACCCAAAGCGCACUGUAAUUACACACACUGCCUGGGUCCCCAGGCCUCUCACAACCCUCUAAUCU